AUGCUCCCGAAGCUCCUCCACCGCUUCUACGGUUCGAUCCUCCUCCUCGAAACUCUCGGGCAGGUCAGAGGUGACCGUCGAAAGGCAGAGAUAAUAUCGAACGAACCAGGGCUUCAUAACAGGAGACUUCGACACCAUUUCUACAACGCGCUUGCGUAUAUUUGUGCCUUUGACACGGGUUCGGACCAUGUCACUGCCGUCGCCCUUGAUGCUCAGCCAGGCAUCACCAAGGUGCUGAUCGCGGCUAACAGGGGUGUUCCCAACGAGGUCUUCGAAUUUUUGCGGGAUAUUUUGUCUAUCUUGCACUCUAUUGCGAAGAGAUCCCCCGACGAAGAAAUCGCUGAUGCCCAAGACAACAUACUUCACAAAGUUGUCAGCCUUAGCCAGCCUCGAAUCCGCCGUUACCAUGAAGUGGCUGUCGAAAUGUAUAAAUCAUGCGGCCCACUCAUGCAAUCCGCCCGCAAAGAACUUGGUGCCAAGGUGCCAGGUCACCCAAGGGUCUCCGAGCUGGACCGAGUUGGGGCGUUCUUAAAUCGUUUCUUCACCUCCGGCGAGUCCUUAAAGGAUGAAUAUGAGUGCCUUGAUUUAGUGAUAAGGGAAAAACUCAAAACCAAGACUCAGAUACACGCUGAACUUCUCCUGAUGAGCUACAUUGAAGAACAUGGCUGCAACUUCAUUGAGCCUGAUGAUAAAUAUAUAGGUUGCAGCAAGCCGGCAUGUUAUCUCUGCAGUUUAUACAUCUGCCACCAUCCGGUGAAUUAUUCGCUGCCGGACACGUCAAAUAAGCUGUACAUCAAGUGGCGAAUGCCAGAUACCUAUUCAAGCCACAUGAGCGCUGCUCAAUCGGCUCGUGAAAUGGAGGUGAUACUGGAUAAAAUGAUUCAGGAGAUCAAAAAGAACUUCAAAACGGACGUGAUGAGGCCCAGGCCAAGGAAUAUGCACGCAGAUUCGUCGGCGGAUAUGACCACUACUGUGGAUGGCGCUGCUAUGGUUGCGGGCGAUUAUGGAUUGCAGCCCAUUCCCAUGGAUUUAGGAUCGUAUAUAGAAGCGUUGAGUUUGUAUCACACACUAUAUACUCAAAAUGGCCUCCUCGGCACCACCAACUACUUUCCCAACGCUUCCCCACAGCCGGGACCGCAUCAACCGCCUCCCAGUGGACAUCUAGAGUCCCAAUUUCAAAUCUUUCGCGCGCCCAUUCCCGUACCUUUCCCUAGCCCAAUUCCUGAAAUCCCUUCCUCUUCCGCCUCUUUUGCUCAGUCCCAUGUUUCCACUCCGUUAUAUCCCAGUAGUACUAGUGGCGGUAGUAGUGGAAGAAGCCGCAACUAUAUCCACAAUAACAACAAUAGCAACAGCGGCAGUAACAGAGGAGGGACAGUAUCCGGGACAGUAUCCCAUCCGACCAGCGAUAUUGCCAGCCUCAACAGCGGCCGAGAGCAACAAAACCCAAAUCCGCAAAAGGCGGCAAAGAGACCCGGGUGGAGAGGGCCACCCAGUCAGCGCUGGGUUUCUGCACAUCAUUGA